CAUCACCACCAAUUAUUCUUUCUUUUUUGAUUUGUUUUUCUUUAUCCCUACAUUUCCUCUCAUCACCAAACCUAACCCACCCUCCUUUUCUUCCCUAUAUUUCUCUUCCUUUCCUUCACCACCCACUUCCAUCCCUCCCUCCUUCCUUUUGCUAUCUUCACUCCUCCUUUCUCUUUUGAUUGACCGAUUCAUUUCAAAUAAUUGAAUCGCUCAUCUUCAAAAUACAUACAUAUGGCAGAGGAACAAAAAUUCCAAGAACCAACAAAUCAUCAUCAUCAUCAUCAUAUCUUAUGUGCCAAUAAUUGUGGCUUUUUUGGUAGUCCAACUACUUUAAAUCUUUGUUCCAAAUGUUACAAAAAUCAUUCCCAAUUUUCCACCACAGGACUUCAAAAACCACCCGCCACAACAUCUUCAUCAUCGUCUGUUGUCGGUGAUUUACCGACAGAAACACGUGAUCAUGAUGUAGUUACGUUACCAAGUAACGAGGGGGAGCAAGUAGUCGUGCGGAGUAGGUGUGGGUCGUGUAACAAGCGCGUGGGGCUCACGGGUUUUAGAUGCAAGUGUGAAAUGGUAUUUUGUGGGACACAUAGGUAUCCUGAAAAACAUGAGUGUUGUUUUGAUUUUAAGACUGUUGGAAAAGAAGCUAUUGCCAAGGCUAAUCCGGUUGUGAAAGGGAUGAAGCUUAUUAACAAGAUUUGAUUUGAGUAUUUGGAUGUGAUGUGAUCUGAGCCGUUGGUUUGAGAAGAUGGUGGUGACUGGAUGGUUGGAUGGAUUAGUGUUUGGUUAAGAACUUGAGAUGAAUUGGGCCGGGUCGGGUUAAGAUGAUGGGUUGUUAUGGAUCGAUGUGGUUUUUAAUUGUGUUAUGAAAGUAUGUGAAAAGUUCGAAUUUGAUACGUAGGUGUAGUGUUUUUCAUUUUUAUGGAAAGAAAAAAAAGUAAAGAAAUGAUAAUGGAAUUUGUGGUC